AAGUCACGGCUCCGAAGCAAAGAAAUUUCAAAUACGGAGAAAAAAAACAAAGCCCUUUUCAUUUUAGUCGUUUGACAACCAAAGACCAUCGCUGCCGACAUGUUUUCCUUCCACGUAUUCGACCACCCGAUGUCUCGGGGGUUUCAGAACCGCUUCUCCACUCAGUACCGCUGCUACUCGGUGUCCAUGCUGGCGGGACCCAACGACCGCUCCGACGUGGAGAAGGGGGGGAAAAUAAUAAUGCCACCGUCAGCCCUCGACCAGCUCAGCAGACUUAACAUCACCUAUCCAAUGCUGUUCAAGCUGACCAACAAGAACUCCGACAGAAUGACGCACUGCGGUGUGCUGGAGUUUGUGGCAGACGAGGGAAUCUGCUACCUGCCUCACUGGAUGAUGCAGAAUCUCCUGCUGGAGGAAGGGGGUCUGGUCCAAGUGGAGAGCGUUAACCUGAUGGUGGCCACUUACUCAAAGUUCCAGCCGCAGAGCCCCGACUUCCUGGACAUCACAAACCCCAAAGCAGUACUGGAGAAUGCACUGAGAAACUUUGCCUGCUUGACAACAGGGGAUGUCGUGGCUAUCAACUACAACGAAAAGAUAUAUGAGCUGCGAGUAAUGGAAACCAAGCCAGAUAAAGCCGUGUCUAUCAUCGAGUGUGAUAUGAAUGUGGAUUUUGACGCUCCUCUGGGUUACAAAGAGCCCGAACGACGACCCCAGCACCACGAAGAGCCAACCGAGGAAGCCGACCCCACCAAUUACGCCGACAUGGACCUGGGAUUCAGAGCUUUCACUGGCUCUGGCAAUCGUUUGGACGGUAAAUUGAAAGGGAUCGAGCCCAGCCCCGUCCCUCUUGACCCAAGUGACAUCAAAAGAGGUAUCCCAAACUACGACUUCAAAUUUGGCAAGAUCACCUUCAUCAGAAACUCGAGGCCUGUGCCCAGGAAAUUUGUAGAUGAUGAUGAACUGAACAGAUUCAUCGCCUUCUCUGGAGAAGGACAGUCACUACGCAAGAAGGGCAGAAAGCCUUGAAGGAUUCUAAGUGGAGGGACUGGAUAAUGCACACGGACUCACCAUAUCAACAUUUACCUUCAACCGCAAAGUUAAAAAAAUAAAUUUGGAUUUUGUUUCUGUCUCUUUGAAAGGUGUUUGCUGUUGAGAUGGGAUUAUAUUUAAUUAAACUCGGACAUUAAUAUCUUUGUCAACAAAUGCCAAGCUCUGUAAAAUGCUGUCCGGAGUUUGAGGAAUAAAUUGUAUCACCAAACCACAAAAAAAGAAUAACAUGGGGACUAUUGUUGGGAUAUUAGAACAUUUCCCCCGUUUUUUCAUAAUCGUUACAUUUUUACAAUUGACUUUACUGUUCUCCAGAUUCCCAUUAUUAUAAAAUGGGAGCAAUAAUAGCUCAAUACGUUUGAUUUUAAUUAUAAUGACAACUUUUUUUUGUUAAAGGAGUUAUUUGCUAUCCCCCCCCCCUUUUUUUCUCUUGGUUUAUUUAUAGACAAAUAAAGGACUGUUUGAAAUGUG